UCUCUCUCUCUCAAGUCAAUCAAUAAAUACUUUUUAAAAAAUUGAUAUAGAAGUGUACUAUGGGCAUUAAUCAUAAGAGGCUCUUGCUGUGCCCUCCCUACACACAAGUUUCUCCUAUCUCUGCUGACCUCUGGUGGUUAUAAUUUGAACUGUACCUUCCCUUUCUAUCAAUAGAGGCCUGCUGGUAGGUAAUGGUGUAUUUUUUUUUCUCAACAAUCCAAAUUCAAAUAUUCAAGUGCUGUACUAAAUGGAAAUAUUUUUAUUGCUGUGUUUUGUAUUUUUUUUCAGGCAUUGUGGCAUAAUGCAAAGAAUAGGACCUGGGAUUUUUUUAAAAUUUCUUUUGGGCCUGGGCUUUGGGGUCAGACUUACCUAGGUUCAAAUCAUCUUGGACAAGUUAGCUGAAUUCAGCUUUCUUACCUAUAAAGUGAAGAUAAUAAUAAUUUAAAAAAUAACAAGUAGUUUAAUAGGAGCAUUAGAUGAGGUGAUUAUAAAUGCAUAACCCUACCUGUGUCCUAGCACAUGGGUGCUCAAUAGAAGUUUGUCUCAUUCUCAUUAAUAGUGAUGUGUUCAGUGUGUGACUCAAAGUGAUUUUUAAAAUUCUGGAAACGUAAAGUUUACCAUGAUACCAUUUUCCAUGUGAUUUUUUUUUUUUAAUCCGAGAAAUUUUAUAUAACUUAUUUCUGGUUCUUGAAUUUGGAAAUUAGGUAACUCUAGUAUGGGCUGUGAAGUCUCUCUCUGCCCAGGGAGCUGUGGACCCGAGACCUAAGAAGGGCUUAGAUAAGGGUGAGAAGGGAUCUUGGGCACAGCUGAAUGGCUUUGUGCACUUGACCUCACUUGGGUUUCCUAGCUAACAGGGUCCAGUCAUGUUCCCCCUGGGUCCGCCAAGGGCAGAGGUUUGAAGUUAAGCAUCACUGGGUUCUCAGCUGGGCCUCCAAGGCCCCCUCCUCCCACUUGCAGAGAAAAGAGGAGGUGGCUGAAUAGAGGAGGAUAUGAGAUUGGUUCUCUGCUCCUCCCUCUCCUUGCUUUCCCCCACACCCACCCUCUCCCCCACAGCAGCCAUCUCCCCCACAGAGACUGGAAAGAGGGAGGAGGGCGGAGUAGGGGACUGAGGGAUCAGAAGCCCCAGUGCCCUGUAUCUGAAGGAAGCGCUGGCCAGGGGCAGGUCCGCUGCCUCCUUCUAAAUGAUGCUGGGUACUCUGGGGCUUGGGGCACUGCUUCCCGAAGCUGCACAAGGUACGUGGCUACGGGGAGGGGCAGGGUCUUUCCAUUCACCCAUUGGAAGCAGCAGCCACCUCUUUGGAAGAGUGGUGAGUGAGGGUGACGGGGAGAGCCACGUGUCCCCAGCGGGGGUCAGGUUCCAGGCCUCUGCGGACACUGUUUCCUCCUUUGGCUUUACCAUGCUGGCCCUGGGAUAUGAAACAUGUUUUGUCUCUCCUUUUGGCUGCUGUUUUUGCCUCUGCAUUCACUCUCUCGCACCUCCCCUCCCCACCCUGGGCCACAGCACCCCCAAGCAGGCGGACCUGUGUGUUCUUUGAGGCCCCCGGAGUGCGGGGAAGCACAAAGACACUGGGGAAGCUGCUAGAUGCAGGACCAGGGCCUCCCAGGGUUAUCCGCUGCCUCUACAGCCACUGCUGCUUUGGGAUCUGGAACCUGACCCAAGACCAGGCACAGGUGGAGAUGCAAGGGUGCCGAGACAGUGAUGAGCCAGGCUGUGAGUCUCCCCGAUGUGACCCAAGCCCCCGAGCUCAGCCCAGUCCCAGCUCCACUCUCUUCACCUGCUCCUGUGGCACUGACUUCUGCAAUGCCAAUUACAGCCACCUGCCUCCGCUGGGGAGCCCCGGGCCUCCUGGUGCCCAGGGUCCCCAGGCCAUCCCAGGAGAGUCCAUCUGGAUGGCGCUGGUCCUGCUGGGGCUGUUUCUCCUCCUGCUGCUGCUGGGCAGCAUCAUCUUGGCCCUGCUACAGAGAAAGGCCUGCAGAGUGAGAGGUGGGCCAGCGCCAGCGCCAGCGCCAGACGCAGGCAGGGACUGGAGUGCGGAGCUGCCUGAGCUGCCUGAGCUGAGCUUCUCCCAGGUAAUCCGGGAAGGAGGUCACGCAGUAGUGUGGGCUGGGCAGCUGCAAGGCGAGCUGGUAGCCAUCAAGGCCUUCCCCCCGAGGGCUAUGGCCCAGUUCCGAGCUGAGAGAGCAUUGUAUGAGCUGCCAGGCCUACAGCACGACCACAUUGUCCGCUUUAUCACUGCCAGCAGGGGGGGCCCUGGGCCCCUGCACGGUGGGCCCCUGCUGGUAUUGGAACUGCACCCCAAGGGUUCCCUGUGCCACUACUUGACCCAGCACACCAGUGACUGGGGACGUUCCCUGCGGAUGGCACUGUCCCUGGCGCAGGGCUUGGCAUUUCUCCACGAGGAGCGCUGGCAGGAUGGCCAAUAUAAGCCAGGUAUUGCCCACCGAGAUCUGAGCAGCCAGAAUGUGCUCAUUAGGGAGGACGGGUCAUGUGCCAUCGGAGACCUGGGCCUCGCCUUGGUGCUACCGGGCCUCACCCAACCCCCCACCUGGGCCCCCACUCGACCCCAAGGCCCAGCGGCCAUCAUGGAGGCUGGUACCCAGAGGUACAUGGCCCCGGAGCUCCUGGACAAGACUCUGGACCUCCAGGACUGGGGUACGGCCCUCCGGCGAGCCGAUGCCUAUUCUCUGGCUCUGCUCCUGUGGGAGAUCCUGAGCCGCUGCCAGGACCUGUGGCCUGACAGCAGACCACCGCCCUUCCAACUGGCCUAUGAGGCGGAACUGGGCAGCGCCCCCACCGCCUGUGAGCUGUGGACCUUGGCAGUGGCGGAGAGAAGGCGCCCUUACAUCCCACCCACUUGGUGCUGCUUUGCCACAGACCCCGGUGCCCUCCGGGAGCUCCUGGAGGACUGCUGGGACGCGGACCCGGAAGCCCGGCUGACAGCGGAGUGUGUGCAGCAGCGCCUGGCUGCCCUGGCCCGCCCUCCGGAGGCCCGCCUCUUCCCAGGGGGCUGUUCACACAGCUGCCCACCUCUCUGUGCAGGAGACUGUCUCCCGACGCCUCCCACCACCGUUCCCCCCUGUAGGCCUCGGCUGAGAGUCUGUCACUUCGGCGUUCGGCAAGGCCCUUGUUUCAGGAUUCCCAACCUACCUACCGGUACCAUUUCUCACGUGUAAAUACGCAGUUUAUGUGUAGUCUAUGUAUGUGCAAAGGAGACAUGGUGAUCGUAUGCUGUUUGCUCUGCCUCACGGCUGCCUUUCCCGCUUGCCAAAUGCUUUGACCCUUCCGUGGGCAUCCAGCCCACUAUAAUUCUGACCAGUGAUGGAGGGUAGGUGUGCACAGGAAAGAGAUAAAGUCAGCUUUCCUGACUCCACACCCUGAGAGCAUGCUCCCUUCUUGUGAUCCUGGGCUCCUCCCGGCUCUCUCCUUUUCUUCCUCCUCAACAAGCCUUCAUUUGGUGGGAUACCGUGAAGGGCACUGGGGAAAGAGGGAUGAAUACCAUGAAAUUGCUGCUCUGAAGGUGCUCAGAGACCCAUAACUCAUGUUUUGGGGUCCUGUACAGUGUCCUGGGCGGGGGUGCUCUCUGCUGAGGCUUGAGUAGGAAGGCCUCACAGCACAGGAUGCUUGAGCUGGGUCUUGGAUGAGCAGGAUUUUCCAGGAGUGUUGGGGGCAGUAUGACAUUCCUGCCCAGUGAGAUGUAUCAUGAAAUUGUAGGUAACCUGAGUAGCA